GAAAAACUCAGAGACAACAUUUUUCUGUUCAAGCGAAUGAACGAAUGAUCAAAUGAGGGAAGUUUAAGACGGGGCUCACUCUACUUUCUGUAGUACCAAGCUUUAUUUUGAUAGAAACGUGAGAGUGAAAGUGAGCUCACUCGGUCCUACGACUGUUGUUUCUGUUAACACGUGGAUUCAUUCCCACCCAGGAAACGGCCUUUUAAAAACAUUUUUUUUACAAAGCUGCUGAAGUUAACGACAAAACGAGGGGAAAAAAUAAGAAGAGAAUAUGGACUACCUGCCAGAAAACAACUCCAGGUACAAAGACGUCGCCUACUGGGAUGAAAGAUACACGAUGGAGCAGUGCUAUGACUGGUUGGGGGGUUUCUCCAAAUUCCAGCACAUUCUGGAAAGAUUUGUAAAGAAAGAGGACUCUAUAUUGAUACUGGGUUGCGGAAACAGCAGUAUGAGUGGUGACAUGUACAGCGCUGGCUAUCAUACUAUUGCCAACAUAGAUUAUUCAUCUGUGUGCAUCAGGACAAUGAGCGCCAGGUACAGUCACUGCCCAGGUAUGACAUGGCAUCAGAUGGACGUGCGUCAGCUCUCCUUCCCGGAUUCCUCCUUUGAUGUCAUACUAGAGAAGGCCACCCUGGAUGCCAUCAUGGUGAAUGAGAAAACGCCUUGGGAGGUUUCAUCUCAAACUGCUUGUUCCAUUCACCAAGCACUCACAGAGAUCAGCCGCUGCCUGAAGCCUGGAGGUCGGUUUGUCUCCGUUACCUUCGCCCAGCCUUUUUUCAGGAAACGGCUCUAUGCCCGUACGGAAUAUAAAUGGUCCAUCAAACAUCAAAGUUAUGGAGAAGGCUUUGAAUAUUUUGUGUAUGUCAUGACCAAAGGGGAGAAGCUCAGCCCGGAAGAUGCAGCUCUGGAGAAAAAGCUGCUGCGGGAUACAGAAUCUCCACCAACCAGGAUUACUACAAUAACAAAUGAUGAUAAGGAAGACUUCCUGGCUAAUAUUGACCUGUAGGGUGACUCUGAUAUGUAGGAUUGCCUUUAUAAGUAAUCUUUAUAUUGUGAUUUUUUGCAACGGGAAACUGUUAACCAAAUUUCUGGCCUUACUGUUUUUAUGUAUUUAUUAAGAAUUUGUAAGGAGUAACUAUUUUAUACUGUUUGAUGUACUAGAUAUUAGUUUUAAAGUCAAAUUUUAUCAAGAUACCGAUAUAUAUUUGGAUAAAUGUUCUGCAAAUGUAAUUAAGAUGUUGUAAAGAUAAGAGAACUGCUGUAUAAAUGGUAAUUGAAAUCCAUAUUUUAUCUAAAAGUUUGAGACAAAAUCCUGCGUCU